GGUGGUUUAAGGAACUGGAACCAUGACGGACUCCAAAUACUUCACGACCAAUAAAAAAGGAGAGAUUUUUGAGCUGAAGGCUGAACUCAAUAAUGAAAAGAAAGAGAAGAGGAAAGAAGCUGUAAAGAAGGUUAUUGCAGCCAUGACCGUGGGGAAGGAUGUCAGCUCACUCUUCCCUGACGUUGUGAACUGCAUGCAGACCGACAACCUGGAGCUGAAGAAGCUGGUGUACCUGUACCUGAUGAACUACGCCAAAAGUCAGCCGGAUAUGGCCAUUAUGGCUGUCAACAGCUUUGUGAAGGACUGUGAAGACCCAAACCCUCUCAUCCGUGCUCUGGCCGUCCGUACCAUGGGAUGCAUCAGGGUGGACAAGAUCACAGAGUAUUUGUGCGAGCCUCUUCGCAAGUGUCUGAAGGAUGAAGACCCUUACGUACGAAAGACCGCGGCCGUCUGUGUGGCGAAGCUGCACGACAUCAAUGCCCAGAUGGUGGAGGACCAAGGCUUUCUGGAUUCUCUGCGCGACCUGAUUGCAGACUCCAAUCCCAUG